AUGGUGGUCAAAAUGGAAAAGAAGGAACGGUUGUCUCUUGAUGUUGUUGGGCAGCUCGAGGAUGCUGUGCAUAAUGAUCCGUUGGAUUACAAAAGUUGGACCAAGUUGAUUGACCAAGUGAUUCUCAAAGAUAAAGAAGACCAAGUUCGCUCUGUAUUUGAUCGGUACUUGGCCAUUUUUAAGUUCGAUGCUCGUCAAUGGAGUAGUUAUAUUAACUUCGAGUUGAAUAGGGCCGACUUUCAGAGGGUAGUUGACUUAUUCGCCAAAUGUCUUCCAAUCACAAGUGACGUCGACCUUUGUCGUACGUACGUUCUGUAUGUUCGUCGUGUGAACGAUGUUAUCACAGGAGGUGAAAAGGCUAGAAGCACUGUUGUACUGGCGUUUGAUUUUGCUGUUAAUAAGUGUGGUAUUGACAUCGACAGUUCCGACCUCUGGAAUGAUUACCUCGAUUUCUUCAAAACUUGGACUCCAGGCACUUCUUGGGAGCAGCAGCAGAAGAAUGAUCUCAUCAGAAAGUUAUAUAGACGCUGUUUGAUAAUUCCUAAUGCCCGCAUAGAAUCAAUGUGGUCUGAGUACACGAAGUGGGAAAAUGAGGUAUCCACUCCCAAUAAUGCAAGUAAGAAUAUUGCCGAUUUAUCAACAGAUUACAUGGAGGCCCGUUCAUGGAACACCGAAUGGAAGAAUGUGACGGGAAAUCUGAUAAGAAGAAGGCUUGUGCCUAUUUCAGCAGUUGAUGAUCCAAAUGAUAUUGUUAAAGGACAGUUGGAAGGGUGGCUCAAUUGGCUCGAAUUUGAAAGGAAGAAUGGCUUGAAUUUGAAGGAGUCGGAUCUACAGCAUAGAAUCGAAUACGUCUACAAACGCGCUGUGGCAAUCUUACCAUUUGUGCCUGAGGUUUGGUUCAGAUAUAAUAAAUUUCUUUUGCAGCAACACGAGGACGCUAACAAAGGGCAAUGCAUUGAGCUUUUAACUGAUGGCAUGAAGCUCAAUCCUACCAGUUUCCUCUUGUGUUUCCAAUUGGCAGAAUUGCAUGAGAGAGACGGUAACUUUCCCAAGGCUCAAGAAGUUUAUGAGACCUCCAUUAAGGUUUUUGCUGAAAAGCACGGUACGGUGCAAGCGAAAAUUGACAAGAUCAACGAAAAUUCGGCUAAGCGUGCCGGUUUGGAAGUAUCUAAUAAGAAAGAGAAACAAGAGAAUGGCGACGAUAGCGAUAGUGAUGACGAUACACCCGAGCAGCCGGUUGUUCAAUAUUCCGAAAGCGAAGCCCUCCAAAUUUUUUCGUUGGAAUCAGAGCUACUUGAGUUAAACAAAUCGGUCACAUUUCUUUAUAUAAAAUUAAUGGCCUUGUGUAAACGAUCACAAGGUAUCAAGGAAGUUCGGGCCGUUUUCAAGCAACGUAAAAACUUUAAAUCUUUGGGUUACGAGUUCUAUGUUGAAAACGCUCUAAUUGAAUAUUAUUCUGACAACAAAAAGAUUGCAGAUAAGGUGUUUGACUUGGCCAUGAAGUUUUUCAGCAGUAAUGGUGGCUUUUUGUAUGCAUAUUUGGACUAUUUGAUUCUCACAAAUUCCAUUGAAAGCAUUAAGGUGUUCUUUGAGAUAGCGCUCACAAAUCUUUUGAAGGAGGUCACAAGUGAUAGAGAGGGUUUACAAGUAGCCACUAUUAACAUAUUGGAGCAAAAGAAGCGAUCAGAGAACCUAAAGAAGAAUGAGUAUUUCAUGAAGAAAAUCAUCAGAAGAUACAUAAACUUUGCAUCCAAUUAUCUUGACUUGGACACGGUAUUGUCGCUCGAGAAAAGAUACAUACAAUAUUUCGCCGAAGAUGAUGACAUGGCCUUAUUCAUCGAUAGAUACAAAUCCACCGGUUUCGACGGUGUGGCCAAGUACGACUUAGGUAACAAGAUGGAUGUUGGUUUGCAAGAUGUGGAGGACGAGGACACUGAAAUCGAAAGCACCAAAAAGAGAAGAAAGGUGGCAAUGGGCAAUGAUAAUUACUCUCCGGAAAAUGUCCAGGGCAAAUCUGAUAAUGGCCUGACUACAGUGACAGUUGCCCAGCAGCAUGGCUUUGUUGGCAAUACCAUAUACAAUUUGUUGCAGAUUUUGCCUAAUGCUGGUUAUUUUGGUCCGCCAGCAGAGCACAUCUUUGACAAUACGAAGUUAGUUGAGCUUUUUGGUAACCUUCCAUCGCUUCCUGGAGAAUUUUAG